AUGGACUUUGGUGAGAUGAGUGGAAGAGCGAACGGGGGCCCGGAGGCCUGGAACGCUGCGAGCUCCCCUGGCGGCGGCCGGGAACACCAGGGAGAGACUCGGGUCCGGAGCCCCGCGGCUGGGUCAGUCAUGCGGGGGGAGCCGAGGGGGAAGGACUUGGAGGAGGAGGACGACGAGGACGAGUGGAUGCCGGGUGCGGGAGCGGUGCGGUGCGCGCUGCUGUGGGGCGGAGUGUUCGGGUGCGGGGGGGUGAUGCUCAUGGCGGUGGGGAUCAGCGUGAAGAGAUACGUGGUGUUUGCGUAUGUCGGGUCCACGCUCAUGGUCAUCGGCGUGGGGUUGAUCGUGUUUGGAUGGUACUUCUUUGCGGGACGGUCUGGCGCCUCCGACCCCGGAAAGGGGCCGGUGAGCGUGUACGUGAUCCCGACCCGAGAGGGAACCGCCAGCGGGGACAACGCAGACGCCCGCAAGGCCCCCACCCCACCCCGCCCCGCCCACCGAGGACACCCGCCUCCACGCCGGAAGCACAGUGACCACACGGACGUGGCGCCUUGUGAGAACGAGCUCUACCUGCUUCGCCUGUGA